AUGGCCAUCGAGUUUGGCACGGGGGCGAUGCGCUCCCUCAUCCCCAAGCUGGGCGAGCUGCUCCUCAAGGAGUACAACCUGAAAGACACUGUGAAGAAGGGAAUUAAGGACCUCAAAGCCGAGCUCGAGACGAUGCAUGCUGCUCUUGAGAAGGUCUCCAAUAUGCCGCUGGACCAGCUUGACUCACAAGUCAUGAUCUGGGCAAACGAAGUAAGGGAGUUGUCCUUCGCCAUCGAGGACAGCCUCGACUCAUCCAUGGUGCGAAUCGACAGUCUUGAGCCGACCAAGCCACGAACCUUCAAGGGCUUCAUCAAGAAGACCCGCAACAAGGUUAGCAAGUUCAAGAUUCGCCAUAAACUAGCCGAGGACAUCAAAGAGGUCAAGAUUCAAGUUAGGGAGGUGAAGGAACGGCAUGAAAGGUACAAGAUCAGUGAUGUUGUGGCUAAUCCCACCACAACAACGGUUGACCCUCGUCUGUUGGCCAUGUACACAAAGAUGCCUGACCUUGUUGGCAUUGAAAAGGCGAUUGAUGAGCUAACAAACAAGUUGUCUGAGGGUGAUGAUCCGUCCGGGAGAACACUCAAGACAGUCUCCAUUGUUGGGUUCGGAGGACUGGGCAAAACAACUCUUGCUAAAGCAGUGCAUGACAAGAUGAGGAAGUCAUUUGAUUGUGGUGCUUUUGUUUCGGUGGGUCGAAAUCCUGACAUAAAGAAAAUUCUCAAGGACAUCCUUCUUGCACUUGACAGGCAAAUGUAUAUGGAUGCAUCAACAAUGGAUGAAAUGCAACUCAUCAACCAGCUACGGGAAUUCCUCGCAGACAAGAGGUACUUGAUUAUUAUUGAUGACAUAUGGGACAUACCAACAUGGGAACUGAUUAAUUGUGCAAUGGUGGAUAGUUGCUCUGGAAAUAGAAUAAUCAUAACUACUCGUAUUUCUUGA